GGUCUCUAUAUAUUGGCCGGCAUCUCCCACGCCUAACUACUAUCAUUCUUGUUGCGGUAGCCUUAGAGGACGGAUCGUCGAACGCGCCUCUCUCUUGAUUCACGAUUCUUUACUCCAGCACUCGCGUGCGUGCUUCAUCCUCCAGUUUCUGGUCUUGCACGUGCCGUCCAAUCGAUUACAAACAAACAUUUUUAUUAUUUGUCCAACAUUUGAACACACCUUCAAAACAAUUAUAAACUCAUCUUCGUGUCAAAUAUAUUUAUAUCAAAUUUAUGUGGAAAAUAUUCCAGUUUUAGCAGAAAAUGUAGUAGAAAGUGAAGUUGAAAAAUGAAAGAAAAGUUGGAAUUUAAUUGGUUGAAAUGAACAGAUGAAUUAUUAAUUAAUCAGACUCAGGAUUGAUAAUAAUCAACUUGAGAAUGAAUUUAUCAACAAAAAAUGUCAUAAGUUAACAAACGAAAUAAUUGUACACGUGAACGAGGAAAUAAAUAAUUGAAUUACUGCUUUCUCGUCUCCGUGUCACUCGCGAUUUCUCUCUUGUCGACACAUAAGUCUAUUUUUUGUUAUUACUUUGUUUAUUAUUAUAACAAACAAGUGUGUUUUGUUGAUAUGACCAUCGUGUGUUCCACUUUAUGGCUCAUUUUUCUCAAUCAUCCUCGCCUCAAACGUGAAAUAGAAACCACCAUCGUCUCAAUUUCCUACAAUCAUCACAAUAUAUUAAUUAUAUAAAUAGUUACAAUCAGUGUGGUCAAGUGAUAAAUGUGAAGUAAUUAAAUUAUUUUUCAUUCAUGCGACUAAAAGUUAAUCAACGGAUGAAGUGAAAGAUGAAAUGUUUUCUAGGACACUCUUGAUAGUCAUUAUAAAGUGAGACGUAUAGCCAUGGAUUGUACGCAGGAUUCACAGGACAAUUUAUCACCAAGUCACCAAGAAAACCACAGUGCUAGAUCGACUAGCCGGAAGUCACAUUGUGGUAUACCUCAGUAUAAAUUCAGAAUCAGUGGUUUGAGAUGCAUUCUGCUAUUGAUUAUAUUCUCUACUAUGUCAUUUGUGCACUCGUAUGUCCCAGAAAAGUAUCCAAUUGAGGUUUACCACAUGCUACAGGAAAGAAGCCAGUAUGGAUUUGGAAGAGAUAAUCGUGUAAGAGGAAGCUGGGGUUCUUGGAGCUCUUGGAGUGAAUGUUCGAGAUCUUGUGGCACUGGAGUCCAGUCUCAAGCCAGGCAAUGUGUUCUUCGUAAUACUGUAAGGAAAAGGAGUGUAAUAAAAGAAGGAAACUCUACUACUAGUCUAAAACCAGUGUGUAUUGGUACUUAUAAAAGAUACCACAUUUGUAAUACGCAGGAGUGUCCAGAUUUUUCUGAAGACUUUCGAGCACAACAAUGUGCAAAAUAUAAUGACAGACUUUACAAGGGAGAAAAUCAUGCCUGGGUACCUUUUCUUAAUGCACCAAAUCCUUGUGCAUUGAACUGUCGAGCGGUAGGUGAACGAUUCUACGCAACUUUAGAGCCAGCAGUGGUCGAUGGAACACCAUGUGAUGGUCCGAAUUUACGUGGAAAGAGUAUGGGACUGUCUGUAGAUCGUACUGAACAAUGGCUUUGCGUCGCUGGACAAUGCAGGUCAGUUGGAUGUGAUGGAGUCAUUGGUUCCGGUGCUGUCAGAGAUACCUGUGGUGUUUGCGGAGGGCAGGGGAGAGGCUGCAAACUCUUUGAGGGUAUUUUUAUGGAACCAAUUUUACCCAAAGGUCAUCAGCCAAUCACCACGAUUCCGCGGGGGGCUAUGUCAUUAAAUAUUUCAGAAUUACGCCAUAGUAGUAAUUAUUUAGCUCUGAAAGCCGAAAAUGGAAGUUAUAUUCUCAAUGGGCCAUGGUCAGUGAGCCCUAGUGGGAUUUACAAGGCUGCAGGAAGUAUUGUAACUUAUCAGAGAGGUGAUAGGAAUAGGAUGGAAAGUAUAACGGCAACAGGUCCACUAACUGAGUCAGUAAACUUGGAAAUUUGGUAUCAUGAAAUGAAUCCUGGAAUUUUAUAUAAAUAUAUGCUACCAGCGCCAGAAAUUACUGACGAUAAUGCAAUUCUUGCUCCACCACUUUAUGCAAAUGAGAUACCUGAUCAUCAUUCACAAGUAGAAAUGUCCAUAAGACGACCGCAAAUCGAUUUAUCAAGAAAUCACAUAGAUGAGGAGCUUCUUAAACCUAAAAAAGAAGAAGUAAAAUUUUCUCCAACUACUGUGAUGGCUGGUGACGCACCAAAUGUUAAUCUAUCAGAACCUAAAGUGAAGAAAUUAAAAAAGAAGAAGAGAAAAUUUUCUUGGAAAGUUGUGGGUCUUUCGCCAUGUUCAAAGACUUGUGGAGGAGGUGUUCAAAGUACCAUCAUAAAAUGUGUGAGAGAAGAUAAAGAUAAUCCAGUACCAGAUCGGAGAUGUAGAAAAGUCGAAAAGCCUCCAACACCGCCACCUCUUCAAUGUAAUGAUCAUUCUUGUCCUCCCCGUUGGAGAGCUGAUGCUUGGUCUGAAUGCUCGGUAACUUGUGGCUCUGGCGUUAAAACUCGACGUCUUGAAUGUGUUCAAGAUUUAAAUUCGAAAUUAACUAUACGAGUAGCAGCAGGUGCAUGCUCACAGCCACCGGAUUUAAGUACUGUCGGAGUAUGUACAGGUCCACCAUGUUCAAGUGUCAAUGAAUCAAGAGAAACUAACACUCAAUAUAUUCUUAUCGACACAUGGGAGGUUGGUCCAUGGAGUCCAUGUUCUUCAAGUUGUGGUAAAGGCUUUAAGAAUCGGACAAUCACUUGUAAAGCUGAAGAAUGUUCAGAAGCUACCAGACCAGUAGCUGAAGAAUCUUGUGAAACUCCAUGUUCUCCUCAGCACGGUGAAUCUAUCUGGUUGUACACUGAGUGGUCUUCUGAGUGUUCGACAAAAUGCGACCAUGAAUUGGAAACGAGAAAAGUAGCCUGCAGCGAUGGUAACGAAUUAUUUUGCGAUCCUUUGAAGAGACCAGCAUCGGAGAAGCGGUGUCCAGUGAAUUCAACUAGAAAUUGUACUCCCAGAUGGUUCACUGGACCGUGGUCUCCUUGUUCUGUUAUGUGCGGUGAAGGCACAGCCCGUCGAGAGGUAAUUUGCAUCGGUUACUCGUCCGGUGAAUCAAAGAUUCUUUCCGAAAGUAAUUGCACUUCAUCGAGGCCGCCUGCAGAGCAGAACUGCCGCAUGCCUGCGUGCCCACCUGAGUGGUUCACAUCCGAUUGGAACAUGUGUACGGCUUCCUGUGGUGGUGGCACGCAAGAACGAGUUGUUCGGUGUCUUCAUCAAGGCUUGGAAUCAUCAUUGUGCGAUGAAAAAAAUAAGCCUGAGCUUAAGAGGCCAUGCAAUAUUAAACCAUGCAGUAAGAGUGUUAUGUCACCUCAAAAAUUAUCGAAAAAAGUACAUAUUAAUAAUGACUGUGUAGACAAAUAUCCAAAUUGUGGAUUGGUAGUUAAAGCUGGAUUAUGUCGAAUAAAAUACUAUAAACACUCUUGUUGUGGUUGUCUUAAUCAACUACAAUAAAAAUUUUGUUGUUCAAAAAGUGUGAAAAAAAAGUCUGAAGACAAUAUUGAGUAGUAAAAUUUUUUUGUAAAAUAUUUAAAAGUAUUUUUUCACGAUGAAACGCUUAAAAUAAUCAAGAUAUAGAUAUAGCGCUCUGUAAGUAAUGAAUUAUUUUAUUGUAUAGACAAAAGAUAAAAUUUCCGUACAAAUAGUUAAAAAACAAAUAAAUGU